AUGGUGAAUUUCUUAUGGACAAUUGGCCAAUCAUUUCAGCCUCACUACGGAUAUGGUAGGAGAAUGAUAACAAGGCUCAAUUGCCUGAUAACAACAAUAGAUGAUAUCUAUGAUGUUUAUGGAUCUUUGGAUGAACUUGAGCUCUUCACCGAUAUUAUUGAGAGAUGGGAUGUCAAUGCAAUCGAUCAGCUCCCAUAUUAUAUGCAGAUCUCUUUCCUUGCACUCAAUAAUUUCGUUCACGAAAUGGCUUUUGACAUCCUCAAGGAACAAGAAUUCAAUGUCGUUCAGUACCUUCGAAAAGCGUGGAUAGAUCAAUGUAGAUCUUACAUGGUGGAGGCCAGGUGGUACUACAUGGGAUAUACACCUUCACUUCAAGAAUACUCUCAGAAUGCAUGGAUCUCAAUAUCGGGACCGGUUAUUCUUGCACAUGCGUAUUGUUUUACCACAUUUCCAAUGACAAAGGAAUCAUUGGCAUCUAUGGAAGAUAACAUGACUAAUAUAAUCUAUUGGUCCUCAAUGAUUUUACGACUUGCAAAUGAUCUUGGAACAUCCUCGCUUGAAUUAAAGAGAGGUGAUAUUCCUAAAUCAAUCCAAUGUUAUAUGAACGAAACUGGUGCCAGUGAAAAAGACGCUCGUGAGCACAUAAGAUAUUUGAUUAGCGAAGCAUGGAAGAAGAUGAACAGAGAACGAGCUACUAGUUCUUCAUUCUCACAAGCGUUUAUGGAAUAUGCAAUGAAUGUGGCAAGGACGGCCCAGUGCAUAUACUAGUACGGGGAUGGGCAUGGUAUACA